AUGGCGGCAAAUGCUGGCUCCAACGACGUUGACAUGGCCAUGUCUCACAAGCCUGAGGCCGCCAAGCCCCUCUAUGAACUCGAUGAGAAGCGUGCCCUCUCUGAGACCCGCUCGCCUUCGUCCAACGACCACGAGUACCCAGGAGAAGUCUUUGAGGCUGACCUCGAGGGUGAGGAGCCCACCGCAGAGGAACUGAAGACUCUUCCUCGUGUUUCUGGAAAGAUUCCAUGGACUGCCUUCACCAUUGCUUUUGUCGAGCUCUGUGAGCGUUUCGGCUACUAUGGCUGUCAAGUACUGUAUACAAACUUCAUUCAGCAGCCUCUGCCUGUGAUCGACGGUGUUGUGCAGACAACCGGUCGUGACCCCAGAUCAGAGGGUCAGCCUGGAGCACUUGACAUGGGCCAGCGUGCUUCCUUUGGUAUCGGUCAAUUCAACUCCUUCUGGGCCUAUACCACGCCCAUCAUCGGCGCCAUCAUUGCUGAUGAGUACCUUGGUCGUUUCAACACCAUAUUCGUCGCCAUCGCCUUCUCAAUUCUCGGUCACAUCCUGCUCAUCAUCUCCGCCAUUCCCUCAGUCUUGACUAGCGGCAAUGCCAUUGGUCCAUUCAUUCUCGGUGUCAUCACUCUUGGUUUCGGCACUGGAGCUUUCAAGGCCAACAUCUCGCCUUUGAUUGCUGAGCAAUACCGCCAAAGCAAGCCUCGUGUUAUCAUUGAUCCUAAGACGGGUGCGCGUGUCAUUUCGGACCCCAACAUCACCAUCUCCCGUAUCUUCUUGUACUUUUACAUGUUCAUCAAUACCGGUGCUCUCACCGGCCAAAUUUCCAUGGUCUACGUGGAAAAGUACGUUGGUUUUUGGUGCGCUUGGUUGCUUCCCACAAUCAUGUUCUGCUUAUGCCCUAUCGUGCUCUGGUCAUGCCGCAACAAGUACCACCGUACCCCGCCCACCGGAUCUGUCCUCAUCCGCGCCAUCAAGCUUUUGAAACUCGCGGUCAAGGGCAAGUGGUCGAUCAACCCUGUUAAGACGCGCAAAAACUUCAAAGCCGACAACUUCUGGGAGGAUGUUAAGCCUAGCCACCUUGGCAGCAACAAGCCAAGCUGGAUGCAGUUUGAUGAUGCUUGGGUCGACCAAGUCGCGCGUGGAUUGAGGGCUUGCUCUUGCUUCACUUGGAUCCCGCUUUACUGGCUCUCAUACAACCAGAUGAACAACAACCUCACAUCACAGGCUGCUACCAUGACACGUAACGGUGUCCCCAACGAUGUCAUCACCAACCUGAACCCCAUCUCUCUCGUCAUCUUCAUCCCAAUUGUUGACAAUUUCCUGUACCCAGCCCUCCGCAAGGCUAAUAUCCGCUUUACACCCAUCAAGCGCAUGGCUUUUGGUUUCAUCCUCGCUUCCUUCGCCAUGGUGUCCGCAGCUGUUAUCCAGCACUACAUCUACCAGACCGGCCCUUGCGGCAAGUUCAUGAACAGCUGCGACGACCCAGCCCCCAUCAACGUCUGGGUGCAGUCUGUUCCCUACGUGCUCGUCGGUUUCUCCGAGAUCUUCACUUCCAUCACCGGUCUCGAAUUCGCUUUCACCAAAGCCCCGAAGAACAUGCGCUCCCUUGUUACGUCAUACUUCCAUUUCAUGAGCGCCUUCUCCAACGCCAUUGGCCAGGCUUUUGUGUCACUGUCUGAAGAUCCCCUGCUGGUGUGGAACUACACUACCGUUGCUAUCUUGGCCUUUUGCGGUGGUAUCCUCUUCUGGUUCCACCAGCGCAAGACCGACAAGCAGGAAGAUGCCCUCAACAUGCUUCCCGACUCGACUUAUGUCGGCCCAAUACGCAAGCGUGUUGGCGAGACUGAAGAGGGCAUUGCGGGACACAACGUUGAGGCGCACGUCAGGACUUAG